AUGCCUACUGUCUACCUCAGUAAGUUCAGCUUCUCCAAUCCUGAACCUCACUUAAGGGCCGAACACACCCAGGAUACCUGCCGCGGUCUCGGCUUCGGUUUAGUCCAAGCUCUCGCUGCUAACCCAGACAACAUCAUCUUCGCUGGCGCAAGGAAUCCGUCCAGCAAGGAGCUUGCAGCCUUUGCGGCUGCCCAUCCAGAACAGGUCAUUCCUAUCGCCCUUGACUCAGCAGAUGUACCGCUCAACAAAGCUGCGGCCAAGUUGAUCGAGGAGAAAGUAGGCAAGCUUGACGUCGUCAUUGCUAAUGCUGGAAUGGGCAAGGUGUCUACAAUGUCAGACAUCGAAAUUCCCGAAUUCGUCGAGACUUUCAAAGUCAAUGUUCUCGGUCCUUUGGUGCUGUUUCAAAACACCCAGCAGCUUCUCAGGAAGGCUUCUUCCACUGGCAAGUUUGUCACCAUAUCAUCCGUUCAAGGUUCUGUCUCCAAUAUGAUUCCGGGUCCGUCUGGCGCCUACGGUGCUUCCAAAGCAGCCGUUAACUCCGUAACCAUUAAGAUCCAAGAAGAAAAUCCGGAUCUUAUCGUCUUCCCUAUGUGCCCAGGAUUCGUAGCCACCGAAGGAGCUAGCAAAUUCACAAAAGAUCAGGGCGCUCCUCGCGAAAUCAUGAACAGCGCUGCACCCAUCAGCGUGGCAGCCGCCAACGUUCUGAAGCAUAUCAGUGAAGCUGUCAAGGUGGAUCAACCCAAGACGCUGUGGACUGCGAGGGGUACUUCUUUAGGUAAAGAAGUACCCUUCUGA